CCGAGGAGUAUGCAUGAACAUGGAGCGCCACAAUGAAUUUUCUUAUGCAUCAUGACUAUCGAUCGUGGCGCGAGUAGAUCUCUACGGUCCAGUGUUUUACGCUUGUUUCGUUUCUACUUUUCGUCUUGCGGUCCUCGUUUGUUUCCCAGUCAGGUGAAUCAAAAAACUAACACCAUGUACCCGAUUUCGCGUGACCCGGCGGAGCUCGACGCCCGCAAAGCAGAUGCGGACUCCGGGUACGAGCACAAAAAGAAGGAAAACGAGUCCAAGGAGCAACUGAUCAAGGUCUUGUACAAAAAACCGCAGAAACUGACGGAGAAGCCCCCGAUGGACCUGGGGUCUUUGAGCCUGGAAGACGAAAAGAAACUCGCUAUGGCGCAGAAAUUGGCGGAGUUGCGGGACAGAAUGAAGGACACUCGUAUUAGUGAUUUAUUUGAUGAACAAAAAGACCUAUAUUUAGGAAGAUUGCAUAUCUGUAGCACUGACUGUGGUGAUACUACUAGUAGUGUAGAAAAAGAGCAGCCUCACCAGGUGGUUCAGCGUCGUAUGAUAGCAGUUUGUGGUUAUGCAUCACUACAAAACCUCUUCUCCAUCUUCAGGUAAAAACAUUGCUUGGAAGAAGAAAAUUGCGGCGAAGAAGAAGGCUGCGCCCUACCCCUCCGGAACGCGGGUCCAUUUCGGGCAGCGUUUUCCGGACCCAAUUGCAGUGGACCCGGACCAGUACGGCGGCGGGCAAGGACCCCGGUCGCGGGGAUUGGUUUCUGGGAGCAAUGUAGCUGCGGGGGAAGAAGGACGACCACAACUCCGAGAUCCUCGUGACUCCUCAAUACUUCAGGUUUUUCCCGAGUUGGAGUACGCGAAACGGAAGAAGCAGUACAUGGAUAAUACCACCAGCAUCGCGAAAACGGUGGAGAAGUGGAGGUUUGUGGAGCGACAGGGUUUGCCGACGGUGGAGGACGUGCACAACGAAGUCGUGAACCUGAAGAAACAAGCGCGGUUCUUGCUCUCGAACAUCAAAGCCUGCAAGGCGAAAUGGUUUGACCACGAACAGAACGCGAAACUGUUGCAAGCGGAGAUCGACGGCCUGGUCGCCCGGGACAGCACAAACGCUGUCAUGAACUCCUUUUACGAGCAAACGGCGGCAGAUACAACUUCUAGCGGCGCAGCGGACGCCGGCGGGGGAGCGGUUGUUCCUGGUACAACUGUGAUCUACUCUGGAUUCGCGCUGGGGACCGGCAUGGAGAACAGUAAGAAGCCGCUGAAAACGUCCAUCGUGCCCUAUUCCUGCAUCCCGGGGAUGGAUGUAGCGAACCGGAGAAGCGGAAAAAGUCGAUUACCGGACUACGACUCCAGCGGAAAAUUCCUCACUGUGGCCUCCAAAAACCACAUUUUACUAACGCUCUCUGACGGAACGAAAGUGCUGACGGAGGGCUUGGAUCCGGAGUCGCCGAUAUCAAAUGCAAAAAUGUCUGGGUCUGGAAGAGAAAGAGUCAUGCUCCUGUUUUUGCAUGAAACAAAAGGUCUGGAAUGGAAGCUCUAGCAUCACAGGUUUCGAGAAGCUUCCGCAACGCCGCAUCCGCAUGACAAGUCCCCCAAUUUGGUGACAGAAAGUGGGCAGCUUUUGCUACCUAUGCAUGAGAGAUUUUUCUGUGUUCUGAGAUGCGCAUCACAAGUUUGUAUUCUACCAGACCCAGACAUAUUCGCAAUCCAUAGCCGAGUCGGAAGGUGGUGGAUAGGAGCAGUAGGGUGGACGACGAGACGAGGGCGCAAAUAGAAGCGGCUUCUGGUGCUCGAGAAACGGAAAUAUCCCGAGCAACUGUAGUUUCAGCAUCCGGAGCCACCUCCACCACUUCCGGAAUUGUUGCCGGGGAUGCAAAUGCUCCACCUCUUCAACCGCAGCCAGGACAACUAGUACCACCGGCAAUAAAUCCAUCUUCGACGGCAGCAGGAGCAGUAGGCGCGGCUGGACCUCCAGCAGGCGCCGUUGUGGCAGCUCCUGGUAUCGCUGGUACUACAGCACCACCCGCAACAGCACUCGCUGUUGGGACCACCGCGACGAUGACUCCGGGUUCUGCAAGGAUCUACCAUCAAGCGGCUCCUGGGGCGGCCGCUCUUGGCGCCGCGACUAUAGGAUCUUCACUUUCACAACAACAGCCGCUUGCUCCAGGAACGCCUCCGCUUUCGGCAAGUGGGAAUGCACCUCCAGCUGCAUCUGCAAUAGGGCCCGGCGUUGGCGUUAACAACGCGGGUGCAUCAACAUCGACCGCAUCCACCUCGCUGUUACCUGCUCCUGCACCGUCCUCUGCGAUGAUAACAGCACCAAAGCCAACCCUGCCGCUUCCGAACGCCACCCCGGUGUUCGGCCACGCUCAACAGUACCAGCAGUCCGGUCCAGGCGGCGCGAAUGUGCUCUCCCCCAUGGCGCAGAUGGCGCGGCCAGCGCCGGUAGUUGUAUUACCCGGAGCAAGUAGCGCCUCUGCGGGAAGCAAUUCUUUCUUGUCAGCAGCGGUUAAUACUGGUGGACCAGGAGGAAGCAUGAUGAAACCGCAAUAUGGGUAACGUACUGAGGAGAACGGCAAGCAAGCAAUAGGAGAAAGCAGCUUCAUCACGGAGACGGACGAGGAGAUACACUUUCCAUAGGUGAAAUAGUCACAACUAGAGUUGAAAGUCAAAACAGGCUCUUUUUUGCAAGCUUGGAAGAAAAUCAUGGCGAAGGGUUAUUUGUCUUUGUACAAUGAAUGACAUCAACGUCGCGGGUCAUGGUAGUCCAAGUGUAUUCUGGAAGACCGCCGCCGGCUACCUACUUAGCAGAGCUUCUGUUUUCGUUUUGAUGUGGUGGCGAUUACUGACAUCACAGAUGGAAUAUGAC